AUCCUACUUUACCAUUCAAUCACACCAAUGUUUGCAUCGACCGUCCGUUCAGCUUUGAGAGUUAGAGCCAUUCCAAGAGCCCACUUACACAGUUUGGCCACGCCCGCCAACAGAUUCAUGAUCUCGCAAGUGGCUGUUCGUCAGGUUAGAAACUACUCGGAUGACCACCACGAAGAAAGUUUCGAAGAAUUUACCGCCAGAUACGAGCAGGAGUUCGAAGAAGCAUACGAUUUGUUCGAGGUGCAAAGAAUCUUGAACAACUGUUUUUCCUACGAUUUGGUGCCAGCUCCGGCCGUGAUUGAAAAGGCUUUAUUGGCCUGUAGAAGAGUGAACGACUACCCUACCGCCGUGAGAACUUUUGAAGCCUUGAAGCACAAGGUUGAAAACAAGCAGCAGUACGAGGCUUACUUGGAAGAGUUGAAGGAUAUCAGACAAGAGUUGGGUAUUGACUUGAAAGAAGAGUUGUACGCACAAGAUGCUUAGAUGAAUGGACGCAGUAUUUAUUCAUUCAUAAAAUAUACACUAAUGAGUUAAGUGAACUGACUGAGAUGUUCUGGGUUAAGGUUUAGGUUCAGUCCUUGAUUAUGUACCAUUUCCCAAUUACUUUUCACCAUUUUCCUUCCAUUUUCUCUUUUAUUGGAUUCUCUGCAUUGCAUCUUCUGUAUUGCAUCUUCAUUGUAUCUUCAUUGUAUCUUCAUUGUAUCUUCAUUGUAUCUUAAUUGCAU